AUGGCGAAAUCCACAGCGCAACAGGUUCAGAUUAGGGAAUCGAAUGGGAAUAAUGUUGUAAUGAAGACUAAAACGAAGAGGACUCGGAGGAGUGUUCCAAGAGAUUCUCCCCCUCAACGGAGCUCGAUUUAUCGCGGCGUUACUAGGCAUCGUUGGACGGGGAGAUAUGAAGCUCAUUUGUGGGAUAAGAAUUGCUGGAAUGAAUCGCAGAACAAGAAAGGAAGACAAGGUGCAUACGACGACGAGGAAGCAGCAGCCCACGCUUACGACCUCGCAGCUCUAAAAUAUUGGGGCCAAGAAACCAUUCUUAAUUUUCCGCUAACCACGUACCAAAAAGAGCUGAAGGACAUGGAGGGCCAAUCAAGAGAAGAAUACAUCGGGUCCUUGAGAAGAAAAAGCAGUGGGUUUUCUCGGGGGGUUUCUAAAUACAGAGGCGUUGCUAGACACCAUCACAAUGGUAGAUGGGAAGCUCGGAUUGGCAGGGUGUUUGGCAACAAGUAUCUCUAUCUUGGAACAUAUGCGACGCAAGAAGAAGCAGCUACGGCGUACGAUAUCGCAGCCAUAGAAUACCGUGGACUUAACGCCGUUACCAAUUUCGACCUAAGCCGUUACAUCAAAUGGCUAAAACCAAGUAACGACGUCGUUUACGACAACAACCAACUCGACCUAGCCCUCUUCCCAUCGGACCAAAACCAAAGCAGCACCGAUUCAGCGACGCCCGAACCAAUCGCCUUACCCCCUUCGCACCGAUCGACCACCUCCACCACCAACACCACCACCACCACCACGUCAGCUCUCGGCCUCCUCCUCCAAUCUUCCAAGUUCAAGGAAAUGAUGGAGAUGAACUCCGCGGCGGAGUGUCCUUCGACGCCGUCGUCAUCGGAGCAGCUCGAACAGCGGCGAUGUUUAUUUCCGGACGAUGUCCAGACUUUCUUUGCGUGUGAGACCUCGGGAUCUUACUGCUAUGGAGAAGCGGAUGAUGCAAUGUUUAGCGACUUCAAUUCUUUCGUUCCGCCGCCGCUAUCGCAUUACGAUUUCGUCGAUUAGAAGGAAUGCGAUGGGGAGAAUAAUUAAUUGAUUGUCUGGAACAUUCGUUUUAGAAUUAGAUUGAGGACUUUUUAGCAUUUGUUGAUUAUUACAUACAUAUACAUAUAUAUAUAUAUAUAUAUAUAUAUUUUUUUUUUAAUUUGACGAAAGAAUGAUUGAUAUACCGAUGAAAUUGUGGUUAUGAUUCAUGUCAAUGGCUACAAACUGUAUUCAACUCU